AUGGGUAUCACAUCACUUGAGAGAGACGCCAAUGGGACCCCCAGAUUCCAGGGGUGCACCAGCAUUCGCGAAUUCGAGUUUUUGGGGAAGCUCGGCGAGGGAACUUUCGGAGAAGUGUACAAGGCAAGAUCGAAAAAGGACAACUCCCUGGUCGCGUUGAAGAAGAUUCUCAUGCAUAACGAGAAGGACGGGUUUCCAAUCACCGCCUUACGCGAAGGGCGAAAGAAACCCAGCAUGUAUAUGGUCACGCCAUACAUGGAGCACGACCUUUCGGGGCUAUUGGAGAACCCAGCUGUGCACUUCACCGAACCUCAGAUAAAAUGCUAUAUGUUGCAGCUCCUGGAGGGGUUGAAAUACUUACACGGGGGAAUCCUCCAAAUCGCCGAUUUUGGAUUAGCACGACCAUACGAUGAACCCCCGCCGCAACCAGGGAAGGGUGGAGGAGAAGCCAAAAGGGAUUACACAACACUAGUCGUGACACGCUGGUACCGACCCCCGGAGCUUCUCCUCCAACUACGACGUUAUACGACGGCCAUCGAUAUGUGGGGCGUAGGAUGCGUAUUCGGAGAGAUGUUCAAGGGAAAGCCCAUUCUCGCCGGGAGAAGUGACCUUAAUCAAGCACAACUCAUUUUCAGCCUUGUAGGCACACCGUCAGAGGAGAACAUGCCUGGAUGGAGCUCUCUACCAGGCUGCGAAGGCGUCAAGAACUUUGGAAACAAACCAGGAAAUUUGCCCGAGGCUUUCAAAGAACUGAGCCCGGUCGCCAUCUCACUUCUUAGUGAGCUUCUAAAACUCGACUGGCGGAAAAGGAUAAAUGCCAUUGAUGCAUUGAAACACCCCUAUUUUACCACUCCACCGCUCCCUGCGCGCCCGGGCGAAAUCCCUCAUUUCGAAGACUCGCACGAGCUCGACCGACGAAAGUUCCACGGCCAAAGGGCUGUCAUGCCGCCAGCACCCGCAGGUGGUUCCGUCGGCAUGGGCGCAAAUGGAGGUUGGACGACAAAUUCGGGCCCAAGAGGAGGAGAUAACAGAAACAGUCGAAUCCCCGGCGCCGCCGCGGCGCGCAUGGCGAGACCCAAUGCCCAUGGGAAUCAAGGGAACUCAUUCCGACGCUCGGACAGUCGGAGCAACGAGCCAUAUACGUCACGCGCCAGACCAGGCCCUGAGGACUCGAACAGAGCACCCGCGCCCUGGGCAAAGGACGGCGGCCUUCCACCCAAACCGCCCGUACCUAGUCAUCAGCCGUGGGCUGCAGGCCAUGGCCGGUCCGGACGCGAUAGACCCUACCAGAGCCGCUCGGGCCCACGUCCAGAAGGCGCUAUAGACUCAUACCACCCGAACUAUUCUGGCGAUCGCGGCCGUGACAGUGAAGGUCGGGCCUCAAACAUUGGCAGCGAUCGAUCUGGGAGACGCGAUUAUGCGAGGGACAAUCCACCACGAAGACGUAGCAGAAGCCCAUAUUCCAGGGAGGGCUCUCGGCCUGGUGAUAGGCCGUCAUAUCGAUGA